UGUCGCACAAAUAGAACUUAGCUUCACUCUGUUUCUGUUUUAUAAUUGAGAGUUUUGAGUCUCCCCUCUCUCAAAUUCGCACUUCGAGAGUGACUGUUAGGGUUAGGGUUAGGGUUUUAGUUUUCAGAAGCUCCAUGGAAGAGAUAACCGAGGGUGUCAACUCCAUCACCUUGACAGCCGAUUCGCAGAAGAAGAAUCGAAUUCAAGUCUCCAACACCAAGAAGCCCCUUUUCUUCUAUGUCAAUCUCGCCAAGAGGUAUAUGCAGCAGUACAAUGAGGUCGAGCUUUCUGCGCUUGGGAUGGCCAUUGCUACAGUUGUGACUGUUGCAGAAAUUCUGAAAAACAAUGGAUUGGCUUUAGAAAAGAAGAUAAUGACUUCUACUGUCGAUAUCAAGGAUGAUUCUCGGGGGAGACCAGUCCAAAAGGCUAAGAUUGAGAUUGUGUUGGGGAAAACUGAAAACUUCGAUGAACUGAUGGCAGCUGCGGCAGAGGAAAGGGAAAACGAAGAUGGUGAAGAACAGAGUUGAAAAGUUAUUUUCUUUUUCUUUUCUUGUUCUUUUUUUCCUCCUUGUGGAUGAGUCUGGUUAUUUCCUUAUAUCUGGUCUCUCUGUUCUUAAUUACAUUAGUAACCAAGUGGUCCAUUUACUGAUGUAGGUUUUAGUUGAGGAACCAUUUACUUGCCCUUUUCUAGUUACCGUGGGAUAUCUUCGUUUAAGAGAUUGGAAACAUAAUCUGAGUUAUCAUUCAAAGUUUAUAUUAUUUAA